GUGGGCGGGGAAAGAAGAUGGCGGCGCCCAGCAGCCGGUGAGGAGAGAGGACGCAGGAACCGCCGGGGGGUCGCCGGGCUCGUACGUGAUGGCCGCAUCCCCGCACACUCUCUCUUCGCGCAUCAUGACAGGCUGGAUAGGAGGGUGUGUCUGGUAUCUAGAAAGGAGAGCCUUGCAGGAGUCACCGCGUAGGUUCCUGCAUCUUCUCAGGAACGUCAAUCAACAGUGGGUCACAUUUCAGCACUUUAACUUCCUCAGGCGCAUGUACGUCACACAACUGAACAGAAGCUUCAACCAGAAAAUAAAACCAAAGCCGGAACCAGUGGCAUCUCCUUUCCUUGAAAAAUCAUCUUUCGAUGAGGCCAAAGCCAAAAUAUAUGAGAUGAGACCUCUUUCACCCCCAAGCCUGUCUCUGUCCAAAAAGCCAAAUGAAAAAGAAUCGAUAGAACUAGAACCCACCCCAGUAAUUGAAGACUCUAUAGCUGUGGGAACAGAGACAAAAGAAGAAAAGCAGUGGAAAGAGAUGAAGCUGCGUGUGGAUGAUUUGCCAGGAAUUUUGGCUCGGCUGUCCAAAAUCAAACUCACAGCCCUCGUGGUCAGCACCACCUCAGCCGGAUUUGCCUUGGCCCCAGCACCUUUUGACUGGCCCUGCUUCCUGCUGACUUCUGUCGGAACUGGCCUGGCUUCCUGCGCUGCCAACUCCAUCAAUCAGUUUUUUGAGGUUCCAUUUGAUUCAAACAUGAAUAGGACCAAGAACAGACCUCUGGUUCGUGGACAGAUCAGCCCGUUGCUGGCUGUGUCCUUUGCCGCUUGCUGUGCAGUUCCGGGAGUUGCCCUUCUGACCUGGGGCGUCAACCCCCUCACGGGAGCUCUGGGGCUCUUCAACAUCUUCCUGUACACCUGCUGCUACACCCCGCUCAAGAGGGUCAGCACCGCCAACACGUGGGUAGGAGCCGUCGUGGGAGCCAUCCCUCCCCUCAUGGGCUGGACCGCGGCCACGGGCAGCCUGGAUGCUGGAGCGUUUCUUUUGGGAGGAAUCCUCUACUCCUGGCAGUUUGCUCACUUCAACGCGCUGAGCUGGGGCCUCCGCGAGGACUACGCCCGGGGCGGCUACUGCAUGAUGUCGGUCACCCGCCCGGACCUGUGCCGGCGCGUCGCCCUGCGCCACUGCCUGGCCUUGAUCGCGAUGUCCGCCGCGGCCCCCGCCCUGGACGUCACCACGUGGACCUUCCCCGUCAUCGCGCUCCCCGUCAACCUGUACCUGUCCUACCUCAGCGUUCGCUUCUACAGGGACGCGGGCCGGAAGAGCUCCCGGAGGCUGUUCCUCUGCAGCCUCUGGCACCUGCCGCUGCUCCUGCUGAUGAUGCUCAGCUGCAAGCGGCCGGCUGCGCAGCGCGGCGCGGACGGGCCGCAGAGCUGACGCCGACCGGGGCGGGG